AUGGACCUCUCGCGUGUUUUCACGUCGCCACGGCCAGCCGGGAUUGAUCUAAGUGAGAAUCGGACGCCCAGACAGAAUGCCGUGGUCAUUGCGAUAUGUGCUGUGGCUGCAGGGAGUGUGGCUCUUCGGUUUCUGAUGAGGAUAUACUACCAGCGAUCCAGGCCCGAGGUCGAUGACUGGUUGAUCGGGGCGUCGCUUAUUCCGUUGAUUGCAUUACUUGCUGCUGCUGUGGUUUGCGGAGAACAUGGCCUGGGCAAGCAUAUCUGGAGCGCAUCAUUGGGAGAUCUGAUUCUCUUGCGGAAGGCACUCUUCGCAUACCUAUUGAUCUACCUUGCCGAACUCCUGCUCAUCAAAGUCUCGAUAUUGAUGUUCUACCGCCGAAUAUUCGGCAUGAACUGGUCAAUCUGGGCCUGUCUUUUCAUCAGCUAUGGCUGGACCUUCGGCAGCAUGAUUGCCACAAUAUCUGUCUCCAAUCCAGUCUCAUAUUUCUGGACACAAGGAACAAGCACAAGCACAGGAGAGUACAGAUUCAAUUUCUACAACUAUCUGAUUGGAAACGCAGCCACCAACGUCGUGAUAGACUUCUUGAUCCUCCUCGUCCCUCUACCAAUUGUAUGGAGUCUCAAAAUGCCAACCAUGCAAAAGGUCGGAAUAUGCAGUGUCCUCCUACUAGGAGUUGUCGCCUGCAUCACCAGCAUCGUCCGAAUCCACACUCUCACGUACCUGAAAACAAGCAUCGACCUGUCAUGGGUAAUGAGCGACGUAUACGUCUGGUCGAUCGUGGAACCCUGCAUCGGAAUAGUCUGCGCCUGCCUACCAGCCCUGCAACCAUUCAUCCGCCUAAUAGCGCAGAAACUAUCCAGCCUGGGAGUCCGCCGAAGCCGGGGAGUGAACAAGGUCCGGAAAAGUCCCGCAAAGCAUAGUCACAGCAAUGUGUCCAGCACGCACAGUCUAUCAUCUACUCGCAGUCCCCUUCCUUUUACACAUUAUGACGAUGAGCGUGCUCAACUGACUACUUUCACGACGCGGGUUGAAAUGGUCAAUCCGAAGGAGAGGGAUCGCUUGGAGAAGGGGUUGGAUCCUAUGGCUAUUCGCGUGCAGCAGGUUGUUCAUUGGAGUGUUAAUUAG